AGUGUCUUGAAUUCAAAACUUGUUAAUUAUGUAUAAACCGACUCAUAAAUAUAUAAUACGCAUUUACUUCGACAAUAGCCACGUGCGAUAAAUACACGGACUCACGGUUUUCCCUAUAAAUUUGCGGACAGCGAAGCUUUAGCAUACAGUACCCCAGUUAGAUCACAUCUUGUCUUUUAGCAAAAGAGAGAAACAAAAUGGGAUCUCAUGUUGUUUGUAACCAACAAAAACCACACGUAGUUUGCGUGCCUUACCCGGCUCAAGGCCACAUCAAUCCGAUGCUGAAAGUGGCUAAACUCCUCCACAAUAGAGGCUUCCACGUCACCUUCGUCAACACCGUUUACAACCACAAACGCCUAAUCCGGUCCCGUGGGACUGACGCACUCGGUAGAGUUCCUUCCUUCCGGUUCGAGGCCAUACCUGACGGUCUACCUGAGACUGACGUAGAUGCCACGCAGGACAUCCCUACCCUUUCCGAGUCCACCGAGAAGAACUGUCUCGCUCCGUUCAAGGAGCUUAUCGGGCGGAUUAACACCAGAGAGGAUGUUCCUCCGGUGAGCUGUAUCGUAGCAGAUGGUGCGAUGAGCUUUACUCUUGACGUUGCGGAGGAGUUAGGUGUCCCGGAGGUUCUGUUUUGGACCCCUAGUGGUUGUGGCUUCAUGGCUUAUCUUCACUAUUAUCUCUUCAUCGAGAAGGGUUUAUGUCCUGUACAGGAUGAGAGUUGCUUGACGAAGGAACACUUGGACACAGUCAUAGAUUGGAUACCUUCAAUGAAGAAUCUAAAAUUAAAAGACAUUCCUAGUUUCAUCCGUACAACUAAUCCCAACGACAUAAUGGUCAACUUCAUUGUCCGUGAGACCUGUCGAACCAAGCGUGCCUCUGCUGUCAUUCUCAACACAUUCGAUGACCUGGAGCAUGACAUAAUCAGGUCUAUGCAAUCCAUUUUACCACCGGUUUAUCCAAUCGGACCGCUUCAUCUCUUAGUAAACAGGGAGAUUGAUGAAGACAGUGAGAUUGGAAGGAUGGGAUUAAAUCUAUGGAAAGAGGAGACUGAGUGUUUGAAUUGGCUUGAUACUAAGUCUCGAAACAGCGUUGUUUAUGUUAACUUUGGGAGCAUAACGAUAAUGACCGUGACACAGAUCUUGGAGUUUGCAUGGGGUUUGGCGGCAACGGGGAAGGAGUUUCUAUGGGUGAUGCGGCCGGAUUUAGUAGCCGGAGAGGAGGCAGUGAUCCCGACAGAGUUUUUAACGGAGACAGCGGAUCGAAGGAUGCUGGCGAGUUGGUGUCCUCAAGAGAAAGUUCUUUCUCAUCCGGCUAUCGGAGGGUUCUUGACGCAUUGCGGUUGGAACUCGACGUUAGAAAGUCUUUCUUGCGGAGUUCCGAUGGUAUGUUGGCCAUUUUUUGCAGAGCAACAAACAAAUUGUAAGUUUUCUUGUGACGAAUGGGAGGUUGGGAUUGAGAUUGGCGGAGAUGUAAAGAGGGAAGAGGUCGAGGCAGUGGUUAGAGAGCUGAUGGAUGGAGAGAAGGGAAAGAAGAUGAGAGAAAAGGCGGAAGAGUGGCGGCGUUUAGCGCAGAAAGCGACUGAGCAGCCGUGUGGUUCUUCGGUGAUAAACUUUGAGACAAUUGUUAGCAAGGUUCUAUUAGGAAAGAAAACAUAAGUAUAUCAUAAAACUAUGUAAGGUUAUUAAUAAGUAAAAAUUGCUUUUCUUGUUUCAUCGUGUGUAAUACUAUCCUAAAAGGGAUUGAGAGAAAUAACAAAUAUUGGUAAAGGUUUUCUAAGAAGCA